CAGGGGACGCAGGCGUCCCGGAUCUUUGUGCCUGUCGUCCUGGAGUUAGUCGCCGAGACGAAAAGAUAAUCGCAGCAACCACCACCACGACAACCACCACACCCGACCACCGUCAGGCCAGCGACACCACAUCACCGUCACAAUGGGUCACUCUUACGGUAUCCGCAGCGGCACUCGCUAUGCCUUCUCCAGGAACUUCCGGGAGAAGGGUAUGAUCAACCUGUCCACCUACCUCAGACAGUACCGGGUCGGUGACAUCGUUGACAUCAAGGCCAACGGUGCCGUCCAGAAGGGUAUGCCCCACAAGGUCUACCACGGCAAGACCGGUGUCGUCUACAACGUCACCAAGUCUGCUGUCGGUGUCAUCAUCUACAAGAAGGUCAAGCACCGGUACAUCGAGAAGCGCGUCAACGUCCGGAUCGAGCACAUCAACCUCUCGCGGUCGCGCGAGGACUUCAUCAAGCGCGUCAAGCACAACGCCGCCGCCAAGAAGGAGGCCAAGGCCAACGGCACCGUCGUCCAGGUCAAGAGAUCACCCGGCCAGCCCCGCGACGCCCGCCAGGUCUCCAUGGCUGACAACAAGCCCGAGACCGUCGUCCCUAUCGCCUACGAGACCACCAUCUAAACAUGGGACGUCUCGCUUUGUGUUAUGACGUGGGAACGGGGGAUGAAAGAGAAAAACGGAUGUGGUGGUGUUCUGGGUCUACCGGUUGCGUUUUUUCGCAUUGCAUUACAAGGGCUUUUCUCAUUGCGUGGGGCCUGGCACAUGAAAUAUCUUCGGGAGUCUCUGAAAUGGCAGGCAUGGACAUGAGGGAUAUCUCUACAAGAUACAAACAACAAAAAGAAAAGAGAAAUUAUACCAUUGCCAAAAACAGAAUUUCAAGCUCCCAGGCCAAGCGGCCCGGAAGAAUCGCGCUUGCGUGGGUAACCCAGGUCAGGCAGACGACGGCAGGUUUUCUCGGAGAUGCCACCGCGACCGCCUGCUCCGGAGCAUGGCGCCAAAGGACAUGAUCUCAUCCCGCUGGGAAGAGUAGGGGGCUUGUCAGUCGUGAGACGACAUCUCCCAAACGGCGUCCUUAUGUUAGGAUAUAAAUACCAACAACGUUAACACUCA